AUGGGUGGGCAACUUACUAAAGAACAAUCAGAUUUACCAUUUGGUUAUCUUUCACCAAAAGAUCUUGAGAAUGAAAAAAUACAAAACCUCCUUAAAAGUCGUAAUAAUGUUAAAAAUAUGAAAAAACUGAUAACAAAUGCUUCAAAUACCGAGGAAGAUAACAAUAUAAUGGAUUUUAAUGCAUAUCAUAUUGGAAUUUGUUCUAAAUGUUUAAAAAAUGACAUUUACGAAAGUCUUUCUUCUGAUUUGACAAUACCUGAAGCGGAUUUAUGCGAGGAUUUGUGCAAAGAAUGCAGAUUUGGUGUUUGCAACAAGUAUGAUCAACCCAAUUCACACAAUAAAUGGUGUCAAAGAUGUGAAUAUGGUAUUUGUGUGGAUUGUUUCGAUGUAAAUGAUUAUUAUGGAUACUGUGAAAAGUGUAAUAGUCAUGGUCAAGGAGAAUCGAAGUCAAACGAAGAGGCAACACUAACAAAAAGACUGUUGAAUGUAUUGAACAAUCGGAGGAUAUUUUCUGCGAUUUGGAAAGAUGGAAAGAAAAGUAUUCAAGAUUUUAUUAAAAAACAUGAUAAAACUUGUCCUAUUGAGCCAUCUGUAGAGAGUUUGGAGCCUAUUAAAGUUGUAAUCAAAGAAACAGAAACAAAUGAAACUUUUUGGAAUGAAAUAGAUUACUAUAAAGAGAAGGAUUGUCUUUAUGCCCAUGACAUUGAAUCCUAUGGGGUAACACUACGUCCAAUUACCAAAAGGCCUUCUAUAGUGAUGGAAUUGGGUAGUUUAUGUGAUUUUGUUGGUAAACUAGGUUGGAGAGCUAAAAUUGAAAAUAUCAGACUCAUUGUCAAGUCUCUUUCUAAACUACAUGAACUAAAUUAUAUACAUGGUGAUUUACAUAGUGGAAACAUACUUGUCAAGAAAUAUCUAACCAAUGAAAUCAAUAACAGUAAAUUGGUUUUUAUACUUUCAGACUUUGGACUGAUGCAUAAACCAGAAUCAAUUUGUCAACCAACAGAUAAUAUAUGCGGAAUUCUGGAAAUGAUCCUUACAAGUAAUGUAUUAAAUUAUUCUAUUGAUUCUUAA